GCUAUCCUUUUCCACUCUUAUGCCCUUUUCUAUUCUCUCUCUAAAUCUUAGUUGCAAUUGCAAUUUGCAAACUCUCUUUCAACAAAAUGAGUGUGUUUUUCUGAUUCCAGCUGUUCCUAAAAAGAGUAACGGAUGAACUUUGUCAAGUAGUCAGCUUUUUUAUAUGAAAAAAUAAAAUUAAAGCAUUCAAGUUGAUUCUCUUACUACAUACUCAUCAACAUGAUGAACCAUAUUCAGUUACUUCUACUCACAAUUUCCUCACUUAAAUUUCACUUUUAUGUGUGAAUUUUUUUAAUUAAUUUUUUUUAUUACCUCAAAUUUUUUUGUCCAAACCUUGUUCUUCCACAUGGCAGUGGUUGAAGAAGACAGUGAUAAUAAAACUCACCACUCUCAUCAAAUUUCAACAUCAACAUCAAUCCCAAUGAACAACAAUUACCCAAAUCUUUUCAACAAAUUCAUGUCAUCGGAGAAUCAACGUCGCCGCCGUAACUUACCUUUACCAACGGUGAAGCCUAUUCAACAACCCUUUCAUGUUGAAGAAAUUGAUGAAGAAGAAUUGGAACUAAGUCUUGGACUUUCGAUGAAUGGUCGAUUUGGGGUUGACCCAAAUGCGAAAAAGAUCAAAAGAACAUCCUCAAUACCGGAAUUUAUGAUUCCGGUGAGCGAAGAAGAGACGGGGCAUGUGAUUCCGGCGGUGGUUAACGGUGGUGGUUUGAUAAGAACAUGUUCUUUACCGGUGGAGAGUGAGGAAGAGUGGAGAAAGAGGAAGGAAUUGCAGUCGAUAAGGAGAAUGGAGGCAAGGCGAAAGCGAAAUGAAAAGCAGAGGAAUUUGAGGGGUAUGAGAGAAAGGAUUAAUAUUAAUGUUGUUGGUUUUGAAGGGGGUGUUGUAAUUGAAGGGGGUGGUGUGAAUAGUAAUAAUAAUUUAGUGGACCAAGGUGAUGAUGGUUUGAGGAGAACGACGUCGUUGUUGAGAAGUCGUGUUGGUGGAAUUGAUUUGAAUUGUGAAAAGGAAUCACCACCACAACAAGGUGGUAGUGGUAGUGGUGGUGGUUCAAUUGGUUCUUAUCAUGGAACUGGGUCUUCUUCAGGGACUUCAGAAUCUGAAGGUCAACAACAUGGUCAAGAUGAACAAAAAUCACCAAUCGCCCCAGGAGCAAGAGUUGCGAAAAACUUGGGACCUCAAAACAAAACCAAGGACAGUGUGAAGAACUUGUUGGAAGACAUGCCAAGUGUAUCAACCAAAGGAGAGGGACCUAAUGGAAAGAGAAUUCAAGGUUUUCUUUACAAGUAUGGGAAAGGUGAGGAAGUGAGAAUUUUGUGUGUUUGUCAUGGAAGUUUUCUUACCCCUGCUGAGUUUGUCAAGCAUGCUGGUGGACCUGAUGUGACCAACCCAUUGAAGCAUAUUGUUGUUAGUUCAAACUUAAAUUGACUGAGGCAUAAGAGAAAGAAAGAAAACUAUGAUAUGAGUGAUGAUAUUUUUAAUUAUUAUUAUUGAUUAGGUUCACUCUAAGUCUUUGAAACCAUAGAUGUUGAGGAUAUGAUUUAAUGUUUUUUUUAUUGAGGUAUAUUUUUAACUUUGUUAAUGUGUGUGUGAUAGCCGAUAAUUUAAUGUAUUUUAGUCUA